CUAUGAAAGAAUUGGACAUCAACAACGAAGAAAAUGAAAUAGAAAGUGAUCUUAACAGCAUUGAAAGUGAUGAUAGAGAAAUAAUUCAAAGAUUACAGGAAAAAAGAAGAAAAAAACAAAUACAACGAAAAUAUCAAAAAAUUCGAAGGCAACCUACAGAUGAAACUGGACCACAAGAAGAUCAACCUACAGAUGAAACUGGACCCAAGGCUGGGCCCAGCAAAAAAAAUUGUGAAACUGGACCCAAGGCUGGACCUAGCAAAAAAACUUGUGGACCCAAGGCUGGACCCAGCAAAAAAACUUGUGGACCCAAGACCUGGACCAUUAAAAUCUAA